AUGGCCACCGUGGAAGAAUUGAUUACCUUGCAACACAACGCUUACAAAGAUCUAAAGGCUUGUCUGGAGCCCGAGAAAAAAGCCAGAACUCUAUUACAGAAACUCGAAGCGAAAUUGGCGGAACACAAUGAAACUGCCGAAAGUCUACAGAGAGGUGUAUCUCGACUCAAAGAAGCAUCGAAACGCGAAUACCUGCAAUUGCAAAACCUAGAAAAUGGCGGUCGUUUCAAGUCCAUGUUCCAUUCGCAUAAAAUUAAACUUGAAGAACAAAGGGAAAAACAUCGAAAAGCGUUUCAAGCGGAGCAAGAUGCCAUUGUUGAGCUAGAAAACAUGCAAACAGAAAAAGAGAAAUUACGUAAACAGGUUCUGGCGGCUAAAGAAGAAUAUCAGCGUUACAAGUAUCAGCAUUUACAACUGGAUCGAUUUGUAACAGAUGUAGGCCCUCAUAUUAUAGAUAGUCAUCGAAUUACUCUCAUUUUCCAAGAAGCCAUCGAUGUUGAAAAUUAUCACGAGGUCACUGCACUUGCAGAAAAGAUUGAACAAGAAAAUCAGGCUAAAUCAAGGUGUCAUACCGAACAUCUUCAAGCUGAAACGAAAAAAAAUGACAUAUCGAGCGCCAUCCAAUCAUUGGGAAAAGCAAGCAAAUCGCUAGCCUGGGGCGUCGACUCACCAACCCUUUUCAAUACGAUCAGUAGCAAAGGCGAACAUAAAGAAAGCAUGAAUGGCAAGUGGUUUGAAACAAUCCAGGAAGUAUCUCAGUCAUCUUAUGUCUUUGACGCAGGUGCCAAACAUCAUGUGGAGCGUGCAAUCCGGCUGUUACAAGCCCAAGGGGCGACCGAAGCCUAUAUGGUGAAGGCUUUGUUGGAUUCCAUGGUAUUACGAAAAGAUAAUUACUUUUUGGACGAUCAGCGUGAACGCAAUCAAAAGCGCCGAGUUCAACUUCAGGUUUGGGAAGCCCAAGUCCGAGGGACUCAGCAAGGAAUGCAAAUCAACCUGUUGGCACCGCUGGAAACGCAAGUCGAUGAUCUGCAACGGCAAUUAAGGAAGCAUGAUGGUAUCAUUAUGAACCUAAAGAACGAUAUCUUGCAGAAACAACAGCAAAUUCUUGACAAUAUCUUGUCUGAUAUGCCAGCGUAUCAACCCGCCGGAUCGCCUCCGCCCUACAUGCAGGAACCUUCCACAUCUACUGCGUGA